AUGCCGAAAUCGAAGCGCGCCAAGAUUGUUCCGCUCACCAAGACGCAGGCAAAGACGCGCGAGGACAAGAACAAGCUCAUUGAGCGCAUCCGCGAAGCUCUGGAGGACUACAGUGAUGUGUACACCUUUCAGCUCCACAACAUUCGCACCAACAUCCUGCAGCAGAUUCGCGAGGAGCGCGCCGGAGACAGCCGCAUCUUCCUGGGCAACAACAAGAUCAUGAUGAUCGCAAUCGGGCGGGAUGAGGCGAGCGCCCAGAAACAGAACUUGCACAAGCUGUCCCCGUUUCUUACGGGGCUGUGUGGGCUGCUCUUCACAAACCUCAGCAAGAAGGAGGUAAAGGAGUACUUUGCAACUGUUGGAGCCCCAGUCUACGCGCGCACUGGGCAGACAGCUACGGAGUCGCUCGUGCUCAAGGGAGGUCCGCUGCCGCAGUUCCCGCACAGCAUGUUCGAUCACCUCGCCAAACUCGGUCUUCCCAUUAAGCUGGAUCGUGGGGUCAUUGUGCUGCUGCAAGACACCACCGUGUGCGAGCCGGGUGAUACGCUUAGCGCGGAGGCCGCGCAGCUCCUGAAGCUCUUUGGGGUUCAGUCUGCCGAGUUCAAGAUUGACCUGACAGCGCACUGGGCAAACGGCGUAGCAAAGAAGGUCAGCAGUAGUGCACCGAAGAAGAUCGAGAAGUAG